AUGGCGGAGAAGCCUGUUGUACGAAACUGCUCUCGUACGCAGGCGGCCGGCCUUAUUUGCGUCUGCGCCAACGCGUGGGGGACCACACUUAGUCGAUGUUCGAAGUGCAAACGCGUCUAUUAUUGUUCUUCGGCGUGCCAAACUCGAGACUGGCCACACCACAAGACCGAAUGCAAAGUCCUCAGGCGAGUCAAUAAAUAUGACGCGGAUAAGGGGCAUACUUUGUCUGAUCCUAGCCUGCGACUGGCUUACCAUGUCGCGGAGGAGCAAGCACGAUGUCGGGUCAUUUCAGACUCACUGGGACCAAGCCCGUACAGUCAAAAUCCACCGCUUAUAACCUACGGUAUGAAGUGUCAAGUCUGCUUUCGAACUCCGUUCCACGACAUCAACGCUGUCGAAUUCACGCCUUGCCCGACCUGCAAGCUUGCCUGGUGGUGCUCCCCCGAAUGCGCUUCCGCAUUUUCCAAGACCGCACAUACAAAACAGCAUUGCGAGGACCUUGCAUGUGUUGGUGCUACGGAUUCGGUAUAUUCCGCUUACAUACACUCACGGAAAAAAGGAUUGCACCCAAUAGUUCUUCGAGAAUUAGAGAUGACCCAGCCGGUUUAUAUCCCACCAUCGUCGUUAACUGGCUGGGCCGACUACAGAAAACGAGUCUUCCCUCGAUUCGCCUUGGCCGCAGACUUUACUGCACGAGAAUUCAGCCAUGUCCACCCGCAAGCUACUCGAGCGGUCGAAAUGCUCGCGACAGAGCCCACUAGCCUCAUCGUUACUCUCCUUCGUGGUCUCGAGAUCGCACUUCCCGACCUUCCCACCCGUAAAUCGUUGUGCAUUCAUUUCGUCGGCUCGUCUCUGUUGGAGAUUUCGUCCCAGGCAAUGAACGAGGAGCUCCUCCACUAUCUUCCCCACCUCAAGUCCCUCAAAAUGGUCUACGUGGGGCCAGGCGUUGCGUCGAUGUCUGAGGGCCAGCCUGAACACACCAAUCUCGCCUGUAAUGCAUGUACAGGCCGCAGACGACUUCGGUUCUCCAUCCUCCGUGAUGCCACCUAUCACGACUUUGCACAAACCUCGACCUUCAGCACACACACGCCGGAUUUGAUCGCAGGAUUCCACACGGGUAUGGGCGAGGUCGACACAGACUCGUGGCGCACGUCCGUGUCGCUCAUCCUCGCGAAAAAGAUACCCGCCCUCUUCACGACGUACUCUUUGCCCGAGGCCAUGCACGACACCAUUCUCCUGCGCUCACUUGGUGCGGUCUUUGUUAAAGAGCUGGAGCGGAAUAUCUGGCGCGGCGAAAUACCCCACCCGAGGGAACAACAGGACUUGGUGGCGAUGGAGGCCAGUCAUUAUACUAACAACUAUUUUUUCAUUGUCCGUGGUUCUUCUAAUACUGCUUAA